AUGGAGUUGACAGGAGUCUCCGUACGGAGGCACCUGAUCAUCCUGCUCCAGCUCUUGGAUCUGGCCUCUCAUGCCUCUGCAAAAGCCGUUUUUGCUCAUUUUAUGAUGGCGAGCGCCGCGCAAUAUGAAGUUGAUGACUUCAAAAAUGACAUCUCACUUGCCAAAGGCAGUCAUAUUGACGCAUUUGCGCUUAACAUGGCUUAUGGGGUUUCCACGAGUGAGCAGGCAGUUGCCAACGUCUUCAAUGCGGCGGAGUCCCUGGGUUUUCAGCUGUUCUUCUCGUUCGACUAUGCCGGCAAUGGAUCUUGGCCACAGUCUGAUGUUAUUGCGUUUCUGCAGAAAUAUUCACUUAGCUCGGCCCAUUACAAAUACGGUGGAAAGCCAUUUGUUUCUACCUUUGAAGGUCCCGAUAAUGCCGGUGACUGGUCUGAAAUAAAGGAACAAACGGGAUGUUUCUUUGUCCCCGACUGGUCAUCGAUAGGAGCGCAAGCAGCCCUUCAGCUGGCAGGUGGUGUCGUUGAUGGCUUGUUCUCGUGGGCGGCCUGGCCCACGGAUGGUCAGCCGAUGGACACAUACAUUGAUGCUUCGUAUCUCGAUAAUUUGAAGGGGAAGCCAUACCUCAUGCCAGCAUCACCGUGGUUUUACGCCGAUAUGCCGGGAUACGAUAAAGACUGGGCUUACCAUGGUGAUGAUCUGUGGUAUUCUAGAUGGGUGGAGGUUGCCUUUCUAGAGCCUGAGUGGGUUGAGAUUAUCUCCUGGAACGAUUAUGGAGAGUCACAUUACAUUGGGCCCCUUAAUGAGAAGGGGUACGGGGUGUUCACCACGGGAAAAGCGCCUUACAAUUAUGCGCGAAAUAUGCCACACGACGGUUGGAGACUUCAGCUUCCAUACGUGAUUGAUCUGUACAAGGGUGGAACAGCAUCGAUAACGGAGGAAAAUCUAGUCGUCUGGUAUCGGACUCAACCUGGGACCGCUUGCGCUGAAGGGCAAAAGCAAUAUAAAGAUCGGUCCUUCCAGGACAGAAUAUUUUUUUCCGCACUUCUGCGUUCCAACGCUUCCGUCAAAGUGAGCAUUGACGGUAUCGAAAAGGAUGCCCGGUGGGAGUUCGAGCCGAAUGGAGGUAUAGGCAUCUACCACGGCAAUUUUGACUUCGACCAUGACCAUCUGGGAGAAACUACCGUCUCAAUCUCGCGCGAUGGAGAGGAGACAGUCCACGUCAAUGGGCGGGCCAUCACCGAGACAUGUACUGAUGGUUUCGCCAAUUUCAACGCAUGGGUUGGAAGUGCGACUUCGGGAACCACCUUCUCCCCGGUCGCACCAAAGCUUUCACUCUCCAAACAGGUUUGUAUCAAAGGGUCAGGCUCCGCAAACUAUACAGAGCUUUGCGAAACUACUUGUCGAUAUGGAUAUUGUCCCAUUGACACUUGUUGUUGCACUGCAAUGGGUGCCCAGAAGAAGAGACCAAAGCCCACGUACGAAAAGGGCACCCCCAAAAGUGGCGAUGAAAGUUACUCCGGCUUAUGUUCCUUUGCAUGCUACUACGGAUUUUGCCUCGAGGCAACAUGCUCUGGAAAUCAGACGGCGACACAUUCACAUCCACAUCUCGGUCCACCCGCUUGCGUGGGUAAUGGGGAUGAUGACCGCGCCAAUCUGCACAACUCUAGCUGUGCAACCUCGGGCCCUCAUGCGCAAACUACACAUGUUAGCAACGCCUUCAAGCAGGCAAUCACCUCAGUGGGGGCUCCUUUCGGUAUUGGGUUCUUCAUAUAUGCUGGAAUAGUGUUCGGUUUUUAUUUUUAA